AUGGUAUCCUCUCAUGAAAAUUUCCAGCUCUGGUACAAGCUGACCUCCUCCACUUCCUGUUCCUUGGAAUCAGAAUCAAAUCUGCUGCAAGCAUUCAGGCUAGAAGAAGAAUGGUGGCUGGUUCCUGAUACUAAAUUUAUGAAAGACAAAUUGCCAGUAACAAUUCAGUUACUGGAUGGUCGGCAUUCUGAAAUGUAUAGAAACAAAGAUAUUGGCCAAGUCAUUUCUAAGACAAAAGCUAAAAUACCAUCUCUCCUCUCUCUCUCUCCCUCUCUCUCUCCCUCUCUCUCUCCCUCUCUCUUUCUUUCUCUCUCUCUCUCUUUCUCUCCCUCUCUCUAUCCCUCCCUCUCUCUUUCUUUCUCUCUCUCUCCCUCCCUCUCUCUUUCUCUCUCUCUCUCUCUCUCUGAUUCUUUAAAAGUAUAUUUUCAUUUUGCUAUCUCCUUCAGUUUUCUUCUUUCUGUCCUUCCUUCCUUUCUUUCUUUCUUCCUUUCUUUCUUUCUUCCUUUCUUUCUUUCUUUCUUCCUUUCUUUCUUAUUUCUUUCUUUCUAUGUUCUUUUCUUUCUUCCUUCAUUUCUUUUAUUCUUUUUUUCAUUCUUAUUUUCUUUCCACCAUCUUUCUUUAUUUUUUCUACAUGUUCAUUUUCAUCUUACCUAUCUGUCAAACACUUCCUUGAUGUCUUUCUCCCUAUCCAUCUAUCAUUUUCAGUCUGUUCAUAUCUAUUUAUAUCCAUCUGAAUUUAUUCAUGAUAUCUAUCUAUCUAUCUAUCUAUCUAUCUAUCUAUCUAUCUAUCUAUCCUUUAAUAUUUCCAGUAUGCUAUCUUUCUCUCAGUUUCUUUCUUUCUUUUCAUUUCUCUUGUACGCCAUUCUCUUAGUCGAUUGUUUUUCAUUUUUUGCAAACACCAUUCUUUCUAGUUCCUUUUCUUUUUUUAAACAUUUUUCUGUUUUUUUUCCCUCUCACUCAAUCACAUUUUUUAUUUCUUCCCUCUCAGUGUUACUUUCUCUCUAUUUCUUUCACAUUCUCUCUUUUUUAGGGCAACAAAACUGUUACUUUCUUUCCUUUACCCUUUUUUCUGCUUUUUUUGUUUCUUUCUUUCAUUAUUUCUAUUCUUACUUUCAACCUUUUAAUCUCUCUUUUCUUUCUCUCUUUUUUUUCUUUAAAUCUUUUAUUCUUUCUCUCAAUCAUUUAUUCUUUCUUUGCUUUCUCUCUUUUUUCUUUAAAUUUAAAUUUAUAUUAUUCUUUUUUCAUCAAUUUUUCAUUUCUUUAAACUUCUUUCUUUUCCAUUUUCUUCUCGUCUUCUCUACACUUUUCUCUCAUUCUUUCUCUCCUGCUUUCUUUCAUUCUCUCAAACUUUCUUUCUUUCUAAAUAUUACCCAUAUUACAAAGUUAAUCAUUUUUUCUUUUUCUCUUCUUUCUUUUCCAUUUUAUUCUCUCCCUUCACAACAUUUUUAG